CGCCAUUGGGAUUUAGCCAACAAUCAUUUCAUACAGUGUAACACAGCAUCAUUUUUAUUCAUUAUUGUUAAAAUUUAACAACAAUAAUUUAACGUGUGUUUAUUAAUAAAUGAAUGAUAGUAAUUUAAAUAUAUCUAAUAAUUAAAUCACUGAAAAAAUGAUAACACGAAAAUCAUAGUGUCAGCUUGAUCACUAAUAAUUUGUAAAUAAAAAUAUAUCAACAAUUAUUUUUGACACAAUAACAAGUUAUGUUUGGUGGUUUUUUAUACAAAGUGAAACAAUUUAGAUGACAUAAAUAAUUUAUCAAAAAUAACAGUAUUCAUUGUUGUUAUAUUUUUUAAUUAUUAUUCUAGCUACUCUAUUUUUUUAUAAAUAAAAUAUAUUUAAAAAACUAUGGCAAAUAUAAGUGAAUUUGAUUACUUAUGUAGACUUUGUGCAACAAAAAUAUUGAUGGGAUUACCAAUAUUUCAUGAUGAUUUAACUGAUGAUCAAAUAAGGAACAUUGAUAAAAAAAUAUCAUCUUGUUUACCAGUGCAGAUUUCAUUGACAGAUCAAUUGCCAAAAUCUGUUUGCGAAGAUUGUGCCUACAAGUUGGAUCAGUUUUAUGAAUUUCGUCAAAAAUCCAUUGAAACAGAUAAGCUAUUUCAAGCAAUGAUGAUAAAAUUUGAAAAUAAUGUACAUGUUAAUUUACAUGAUGAUAAUGUGAAUGUUGUUAUAUCAGAUAUGACAGAUAUUAAUAAUAUACCAUGUCCUGUUGACAAUGACAACGACAAUAAUGACGACGACGAUGAUGUUGAUGAAAAUAUUGAUACAAAAAAUAAUACAACACUUCAUACACUACAAGUUAUUGAUGAUAUGAAUAUUGGUAGUAGUGAACAAAUAAUUGAACAACAUGAAAUACCAAAUGUUGAUCAUCAUAUUGAACAAAGUAUUGAUGUACUGGAUGGAGAUACAGCUAGACUUGUUGAUGAACACAUGCGUGAGGUAUCAAGUCAUGAAAUGACACUGGAUAUUGAUGGAGAAAUGACUGUUGUUGGUCAUCUUGCAAUUAAUUAUGUUACAAAUAUUGAAACUGAGACAACAGUUCAAGAACAGUUGGUACAUUAUUGCACGAGUGAUGGAGUUAAAUUUGAAACAGUAACCAAUAACUCGUAUGAUCAGGCACACAAUGAAAUAGUUGAAAAUGGUAUUGAUAAUAUUGAUAAUAAUAUUUUAAAUGACACAUUAACUACAGAUAUUAUUGAUACCAAUAAUAUACCAUCAACGAGUCAUGAAUCAUCAGAAAUAAUUGAGUAUACAAAACGUGCACAACAUGCAUUACUAGAGAGUUCAUUAAAUAAUCCAACAACUGAUGAAAAUGGCUCACACUGGUAUGUUUGUCCAAUUUGUAAUGAAGCUGCAAAUGAGCCAGAAAAUUUAUCUCAACAUUAUGAAGAACAUUUUUUAUCUUGUACAUGUGGUUUAUAUUUUACAAGCAUUGAUGAUUUAUCACAACAUAAAAAUAAUUGUAGUAAUGAUAAUAAUAAUAGUGAUAAUAGUAAAAAAAAAAUUAAUGAUAUUAAAGUUAAAAAGAAAAAUAAUAAUAAAUUAAAAAAUACAAAAUGUAAAAUUAAUAAUGGCAAGGUUUAUGAUAAUGCUGAUGCUGAUGAUAUUGUUGACGAUGAAGAUGAUGAAGAUGAUGAAGAAGAUGAUGAUAAUGAUGAUAAAAAAAACCCAACAAGUAUUAGACAAAAAUGGACACCAAAAAUUUGUCAACAAUGUGGCAAACAAUAUCGUACAAAUUAUAAAUUACAAGAACACAUGAGAAAACAUACUGGUGAAAAACCAUUUAAAUGCACAACCUGUGAUAAAGCAUUCAGGAGUAAAAUUGGUUUAGCACAACAUAGUGCAACUCAUACUGGACAAUUUGAUUUUAGUUGUUCAACAUGUGGUAAAGGUUUUCAAUGUAAAAGUUAUUUAAUUGUACAUCAACGUGUACAUUCAGAUGCAAAACCAUAUCCAUGUGUAACAUGUGGACAAAAUUUUAAAACAAAACAAUCACUAUUAGAUCAUGAAAAUCGUCAUCUUGGUGUUAAACCAUAUGGUUGUGAUAUAUGUGGACGUAGUUUUAUAACAAAAGGUUUAUGUAAGAGUCAUCAAAAAACACACUCUGGCCAAGACAAUAGACAAUAUCCAUGUGAAGUGUGUAAUAAAAUGUUUGUUAGUAAAAGUUAUCUAAAUACACAUUCACGAAUUCAUACUGGAGAAAAACCAUAUCUUUGUGAAGUUUGUGGUAAAGGUUUUUUAACUAGAGUUGAUUUAAAAAUUCACUCAACUAUGCACACUGGAGAAAAAAAAUUUAAAUGUGAAUUUGACUCAUGCAAUAAGGCAUUUGCUAGAAAAUCAGCAUUGAGAUGUCAUACUCGGUCGCACAAUGGCGAAAGGCCUUACAAAUGCGAUGUAUGUUCAAAAACAUUUACACAAUUUUCACCACUGGCUAUUCACAAAAGGCUGCACAGUGGUGUUAGGCCAUAUGUUUGUGAUAUUUGUUCCAAGGCAUUUGUCUCAAGAUCGUCAAUGAUGUGCCACAAAAAAAGACAUAAAGUUACAUCAACAUCAUCAACAACACUAUCAACAAUUGCAGAAGCAACGGAACAACAAGAUUUAAAAAAUCCAGAUAGCCCAGAAGCUAUCAAUGAUCAAAAUGGUAUUGUCAUUUCGAAACCUGAUGAUGUUGUUGCUAUUGUUGGAAAUUAAUUAUUGAUAAUCCUAAAUUAAAAAAAUUAACCAAUCAUUUUAUUUUUUAUCUCAUCAUAAACUAAUAUCAAGCAUUUAAAUUAUUCUACAAUAUAAAAAAUUAAUAAUCUUUUUUUUUUUUUUGUUUAAAUAUACUGUAAAUAAUUUCAUAAUUUUUAGGAUUGUAAAUUCGUAAUUAGGUGGAAAUAAACAUUUUACAAAUUUACAUUGUAUGAAAAAAAAAAUUAAAUAAACAUUUUUUUUUUAU